AUGCCAGGGAAAUCGCGUCAACAACGUCCAGAGACUGAUCAUGUCUCGACCGAAACCCCUCGAGUCGUGACACCAACGUCUCUGAAUAUCUCACUCACCGAGCCCGAAAGAAGCAAUGCCUUCCUCAAACAUCAGUCACUAGAUGCGUACGUAAAUCGCAUCAUUUGUUCAGAGUGGUGUAUUUUACAUCAUGAUCCAGCGCAUGAUACCGAUGACAGGGUCUGUGAAGUGUUGAAGACGGGAAGAUACCAACUCGGAUCCACACAAGAUCUCAUGGAGCGUCCGGGGCUCAUAUGGCGUGAACUCGUCACUGACAAGGAAGUCCACCAACUACUCAGACCUGGCCCUCAAUUCUUGGACACUAGAAUCGUGAUGGCACACAUUUUGAAACUCGACGAGAUCGUUCAGGCCUAUAGACGAUUUAUCGACAAACGAGACCAGCUUGGGUUACUGGCGCGCCAAGUGGUGAAAGAUGAACUCAAGGACGGCGGUCUAGCCAGAUGGGAUAUUCUUAUGAGGACUUGCGCGAGCCAUUCUCAUUCCAUCUUCGAGUACCUCACGAGACACGUCGAGCGACUGGAAGACGAUUGGAUCGUAAAACCAUUGACAGCUCGGAUGCAACUACAUUAUUCUCACCCGGGAGGCACAUUUUACACCCGUCGAGAAAUGGUGGCUUUUGCGAGAGUGGUCAAUGAAAAAUGGAUGAUGAUAGACCAGGCCCGGCUAUCGCACGAUCUGAAGAACGCAGAGUACUUGGCCCAACUGAACGCCGAUGUUCGUGAACGUCUAUCUCACGCCACGACCAAGUUCCUCAAACAUCGUCCCGAGGUUCUCCGUUCGGAGUUGCUGACAUCAUGUUUCCGACUCCCGUACAACUGCGUUAUCAAGUCUUCACUUUCAGUUGCUUCGUCCAAGGGGGCCAUUCCAGUAUUCACGUGGCCAGACGUCGAGGAACAACGGAGAAAGUUGAGUCUCGCUUGGCGGCAAGAAAAUUUGUGAGACGAGGAAUCGGAUUCCUUGAGGGUAGAUGGAAAUGUUGAGACACGGAUGCGAUUUGGCAGGGGCGCAGGAAGCCAGAAACUGGCUACUGAGGUGAUCUUCUAGGCUGGCGGUUUGCGGCGUUGAUUCUGGUUCAAGUAAGAACUAUGGCAAAGGGUCAAUACGUGGCUCGGUUGGACAAAGGACGAGAUCAGACAUUGUCGAGACUUCGAUCAAUUUCAUGCUUCUGCUACGCUCAA